UCAAAAUAAAACAAAGUUACUUGUGGUUACUUGAGAAAAUGGUUUUGUUUUACGUAGAAAAUUUUAACAAACAUUUCCUGGCGUUAGCAAUAAGUUAUUAUUAUUGUAAUUGUUUCAAUUUAUUGUUUUAAUAGAGUGGAAUACAAUGGCGACCUUAGUAAAAGAGCAACGAAAAGAGAAAAAGAAAUCAAAAUUGAAAAAUGCAAAAGCAUCUCAAGAGCAAAACAUUGACACAUGUUUCAGAGAAGCUACAGAUGAAAUUAAUAUAGAUAUAGAGACUAGUUUACUAGAAAUUUCAAGCACAAUACAGGAUGAUUUAAUUGAAUCAAAACCAGAUGACAAUGUUACGCCUGAAACAAGUGAUAAAGAAAAAACAUUAAGUGUAGAAAUAAAUUUGUUAGAAAAUAUAGAUUCAAAUUUAGCUAAAGAAGAAAUUUGUGAAAAUACAAUUGAAGUUGAAAAAGAGAUAAGCAUUGAAGACAGUAGCAAUACAACUAAAGCUUUACCUAAUUUUAAUGUCAAAACUACCACAGAAUUAGGUUUUGAUGAAAUAGGAAAUACAUAUCAUGAAUUAAAUAAUAGAUUGCAAAGAAUACAAAUACCAAAUCAAGAAAUACUUAAUGUGAAAGAGCAACCCAUAGAAAUUAACAAAAAUUAUAUUCAAAAUGAAAAUGUUGAAGAAAACACAGUUCCUUCUGCCCCCUUACUUGACAUAGCAGAAAUAAAACACACAGCACAAAUAACAGAAUCAUAUGUUGAUCAAGUUAAAGUGAAAAAGGCUAAAAUAGCAUGUAUGCCUCUAGAAGAGGCAAUAAGGAUAUUUGGAGGGAGAGAAAUGGCUGAGGUAAAAGCAAUGAGUGAUAAAGCUGAAAUGGAUGUUGAAACUGGACCAUUGAGUGGACCAGAACAUCCUUUAGUUGAUCUACUGUCUACAUUUAGAUCAUCGCUAUCAGCUUUAGAGCGAGAGAGGAUAACAAUAAACUGUGGAUUCACCGAAGAAGAGAAGAGAAGAGAACUAUUGUGGAGAAUAGAAAAGAAGAGUAUAACAAUAUCAGAGAAGUGUCCGUGUGGCGCCAAUGUAGAUCUUCGUGCUGUGUAUGAUCAUGCUGAGCUGCAGAAGGACAGACUCCCUGUUGCUAAGUUACGCCUUGAAGGGCUCUUACGUAAUGUACAAGAAUGUUAUUGUCAUCACCAACAUGCUGCUUUGUUGGCACAUUUUCGGAUAGAAGAGCUAAUAUCGGAAACGAUAAAAAGCAACAAAAGCGAGAUCCGCGAAGCGCUGACGCUGAUCCUUCAAGCGCUGCGCCUCAGCGACGGCGUCAGCGUGUACCCUGAAGCGCUGCAGCGCUGGGCCGCUGUGCUCGCUGAUGCGUUGGUGGACGAGCGCGAUCUGCGGCAGCUGCUUUUUGUUGUGCAUCAUCUGUUUAGACAGAGCCGCUCGGUCCAAUGGGCGGGGCGAGUAAUACGCAUGCGCGUGAGUGACACAAGCUCUGCGGCCACGCUUGUAGCCCUACUAGACGUUCUGCUCUCUAGACCUUCGCUAGAUAAUGCCACGGAGUGUACUGAGGAUUUAGACGCAUGGGAGGAAGUGGACAUUAAGGGGGAUGGUGGAGCGGUGGGGGAGGGGAGGCUCAGGGAGAGGGACCUGCUCAUGUUGAUCAACGCUUUGCCGCUCAGGGAUCUGGUGGCGAGGAUCGUGCUGUUUAUGAGAGCGGAUUUAAGCGAUAGUAGCUCAUGGGGCGAUGCUACUGGUGGGCAUGGUGUGCGCAAAGCGUGCUGCGGUGUGCGCGCGCUGCUGCACGUGUGCUGCGCGCCGGAGCGGUACGCGCGGCUGCGAGUGCGCAUGCGCGGGCUGGCGGGGAGCGCGCUGCGGGCGCUCGCCGCGCUGCAUCUGCGCUCCAGUCCCACAUACAGCAAGGACUUGGAAGCCAGCAUACUGUCAGAGCUAGAAGCGUGUUUCGCGGCCGGUGUGUCCAUAAUGGGGGAGGAGUUACACAGACUGCCCGCCUCUUUGCUCACAGAGGAUACGGCUAGAGAAUAUUGUUUGGCCUUCCAGAACUUGCAUGACAAAACGCCCCAACACAUAGAAGCGCUAGGUAUCGAAAUGCCAGUACUACCGUGUGAUGUGCGCGUGCGCAUCGUCACACAAGCCGCGAUAGAUAGACAGUGCGAUCAUGAGCUCGCCAGACACGUGCUUGACUUUUUGUUUCAGAGUGGUAUAAAACACAAGUCUUCUACAAUGAAGUGUGGAUGUAUAGAGUCAGCGCGCACUGAAUUAGCGAGGCUAUUGGAAGUACAUCCAUAUUUACAUACAAUUGCUUUUCACAUAUUUGCUGAUAUUACACAUGGAGAAUCAGACGCGUCACUAGUGCAACACUUAUGCGUAACAAAAUGGCGCCCAAGUACGGGCGAAAUUCGAUCCGUUUUGGACGAUUGGAUGGAACGAUGUCCGCAGUUGAUACAAUACCUGUUAUUGGACUUGGAUUAUACGCCGCACAGUGCCGUAUCACUAGAAAGCCAGCUCUUCAUCGGCUGGUGGCUGUACAACUUCGUCCCCGAAGCCCCCGAGUGGGCAUGGGGCAUAAUGAAGUCCCUGCACCUGCACCGGUCACAUUGGCACUUGCCCCUGGAUGCCCCAGCGUUGGAUAAGCCCCCGGAGAGCUUGUUAGGGGCAAUGUAUGCUAUAUUGGCCACUGAUUGGGGGCACUGUGUUCCGUUGGCGUGUGGACCAGCAGCAGAUGCGCUAUAUCGCUUGUCAGCAUCGCGGCCGGUGGAAGCUGUGCACUGCCUGUGCCGGCUGGUCACUGUGCUGGCCAGCUCGCCCGAGUCCAUUUCGCUCACACCCCGGUUUGCAGAAGCAAUAACAGCCAUACUUAACUGGGGACCGAAUCUAGUACAGCGAGCGUUAGGUCGCGGCGGGUUGAGCGGUUUUGAGUUAUUGCAGAGGGUCGUCUUGCAACAGUUGGAUGAUAUGAAAUCACAUGUAGAAUACCGUUCAGCGCUACUAACAGCGUGGAUGCACGCACUGUGGCCGGUCUCGGGUUCGAGUCGCGCCAUUUUGGAUGUAGCCGUACGAGCUACGCGCGAUUGGGACACGCUUGACCGAUAUGUUGCUGUGCUUUUACAGGACAAAAACAGCAAACGUCACAUAGACGAAUGCGUGCGCAACUCGAACACAGCGCCGCAAGUGUGCGAGAGUGUAUUACGUCGGGCUCUGAGCGGCGAGCUGGCGAGUGGGCUCAGUGCGAGGUUGCUGCACUUGCUGCACGCACAGAGGGGGGAGGGGGGGAGGGUGCACGUGGACCACGCCCUCAAGCAAGCAGGUAGUUCAAUAACAUCAGACGAUCUAGUGAUUCACAAAACAGCCGCCGCAGUACUGUAUGCGCCAUACACAAACCCAGCACAUCUCACCUUGUGGAGAUUGUUCUUUCAUCUCUAUUUGCAACGACCGCCUAAUAACAACGAAGCAACACCACCAGUUGGACCUUUAUUCUUCAGUGGAAUAAUCAAAUCGCGAACACUAGGACAAUUAAAAAAACGCCUCCAAGACGCAAUAUCACACCAUCACAACGAAAUAGAAGCAUUGAAACACAAACAUAGUAUCGAUUCACCCGAUACAUCGAUUAGAACAAUCGAGAAGAGUCCCACGUCUGAUAUGUUCCCGCAAUUAUCGAUUAUCGAUAUGGUGGAACAAUCGAGUGAUGAUUCGAAUGAUGAUGAAGAAAAUAUUGGUGAAGUACAUGAGGUUGCUGUUGAUGAUAAUCCUGGUUUAGUGGCUUAUCACGUUGCAGCAGAGAGGUUGCUACGAGAGUAUUCCCGUUGGUUGGAAGAAGGUGAUAAAGUUCGAGCCUGGCCCCACCAUGCCGAUAUAUCUAGGUUUAUACCUGAAAAGGUAUUAUCAUCAGCGUGGUCAGCGUCAGUACCACAAUAUAUAGAAAAAACUCGAAAAUCAGUCCCCUGUCCAGUGCGAGUUCCACUAACUCACCACGAGAUGGCGCUGCAAGCUAUACGAGAAAUAAGCGAUAGGACACAUCGCAGGAGAAAAAAGUUAGUUGUCAAAUCACUGGUUGAAGAUGUUAACUUUAUGGACUCGCGCGCUGUCUUGAAGUCAAUCGAUCAGAGAUUGGGUGACGUUGUCGAUUUUGCACGGGAAUGGACAUCAGAAGUUUCUCGUAUUUCCCAACUAGACAGUAAGUUAUGGGAGCUAGUGAGCAAGCUGCGCGUGCGCAGGCCGUUGCCGCCAGUCAAGAAGUCAUGUCCGCAGAACUGUCGACCCAUCACUAUACGGAUUGCGGAAGACGAGUGGUGCAUAUCAACCGGAGUUGAGCGUGAAAUACAAGAAAAUAGACGUGGGUCUCGUGCGGGCGUGCGGCGCCUGUGCCGCGCCAGACCGCACUUCGCACGCACUGCGGCCGCCUUGCUCACGUGUGCGAGACAAACUCGAAACGCGGAUACAGCGGUAAACGUGUGCGAAAGAGUGUGGCGAUACAUCCCUCUCGUUCACACGUGUUCGCACGCGAAAGAUCUGCUGACCAAUCUUGUUACAGAUCUGGCUGAGAAAUGGAUAUGCCACGACAGUUCCCGUACAGUGGAAGUACUAUCCCGUUGGAGUAAGGGUGAUCCAACUCAACAAAUGCUAUGUGGAGCUCUGAUCUAUCCCAAUCGCUUGCCGCUUCACAACUGGGCUGAUGUGUAUGAAGCUGUGUGUAAAACCAAACUACCCUCAAACGCGAUGUUCAGCUAUUUGUCUAAAUUCGACAUGUCACGCUGGUCACAAGCCGCGGACACCUCCCAGCGACUGCAAGUGUUGGAGGCGAUAACGGGCGCUGCGCAGAGGUGGGGGGCGAAGCCCGACGAACAGCAUCACGUUCUUAUUGAAUUAUUAGGCGUACAAUCGUCCGCACUAGUAACAGCGCGCGAAGUGAGCGCGCACGUGUGCGGCACUGCGCGUCGCGCGGCGCACUGUACGCUGCCGCCGGUGUACUGCGCCUGCGCAGCGAGCGUAGUGAGGAAUAGAGCGAACGAGUUGACGUUUGAUCAAAUCGGUCACCUCCUCCGUGAGCUAGGCGUUAUCUGGUGGGAAGCUAGAAAGACUUCCUCCAAUAGGGACAUGUUCCCCCACUACGCUACACAUAUGGCCGAUGUGUUGGCGGCUUUAUUACAGGCCUUUGUAGCCGCCGCUGUGGAUAUGAGCUAUGCGCCUGAGAGAGUAACUCUAUACGCCUGGUCGGCCAUGUUGGAAUCCUGGUCACCCUGGAUCUUACCCCAGUCCCUCCCGCCCCUGCUGCCCUCCACGUGUGAGGACGAGGUCUACACCACCAUGCUGGAGAGGUUCGUGGCCUGCAUCCAACAGGUUAUGGAGGACUGUCCUGGAAGCGCAGAACCGUUGCUCAGCGAAGUAUGGCGCUGGUCGAUAGAGACGUAUCUAUCGGUGAGCGGCGUUGCCGGUUCGCAAGAGGCACGCGUACAGAUGUCGGCGCUGCUGUGUGCUCUGUCCCGCUCGCACUGGCGGCGCCAGUGGUGCAGCGCGCCCUGUCUGCCGCUGGCCGUGCAGAUAAGCACUUUAUCAGACAGAGAGAUAACAUCAUGGUGUAGUGUGACACUAAAUCACACGCUCACUGACACUUGGCUGCAUGGCGUGUUGGACCAACACUUGGCGCCAACGUUGGCCAAUCUCUUCGCGUUGUUCACGUCUAACAACAUGCAGUUUUCGCAAGAGUGUCUAGCCCAAGCGUGCAUGUUGCCAUGGUGGAGGUUACCCCUCAGCGGGUUGGAGCAGCUGCUGGACCAGUACUUCCAGCAGCAUUUCAACCCCGCCAUGCCGUACCAUGAACUGCCGCAUUUUUGCAUAGCACUAUCAGCGGCCCAACUCCGCGUGUACCCAAACUCGCUACAAAAUAAGGGCGGUUCACACUCGGCGCGCUGCAGCGGCGUGUCGAGCGCGCUGCGGGCCGGUGUGGCGCCGCCCUUACACGCGCACUUGCGGCCCUUUGUACAGUGCUUGCUGCGGGUUGUAGCGGACCUAGUUCCUCACAUAGAGAAUGAAGAAGGGCAAUUGGAAGAUAUCUUGAGUCGAACUGUUGUAGUAUUGUGUAUGGAGCCCGCUGCUAAAAUAGUUCUGCCUGUAUACCUGGAAUGGAUGACGUCACCACACGUGCUGAAAGCCAGUCUGAGCGCACUGGCCACACUCACAGCGUUGGACUACUUUCUGCCGCUCGCUGACCGGUUGGCUAAAGCACAUCUUGAGACUAAUACAACAGGCUGGUCAGAACUAGAGACACGUUGGUCAUCCAGCGCGUGGUGGGAAUCGAGCGUGUGUGUAAAACGCGGCGGUUUGCACGCCGCGUACGGCCUGCUGCGGGCGACACGCGGCAGGCACACGCCCGAGCGGUUACUGGAUACAAUGCUGGCGUUGAACAAUGUGGAGAUUCACUUUGCUGAAAACGAAGAAAUCGUCGCGUUAUGGAUAUGCGUAGCGUGUCGUUUAGCAUUACACAAAAAUGGGGAAGGCAAAGAAAAGAUAGACUCAAGAGACUUAGAAGGCGUGGAAAGGAGUGACAUAGAAGAGAUAAGAGAGACUGGUUUAGUGGAAGGGACUAGUAGUGGAGAGGAAAGGGAGUAUGGGGGAGUUGCGAGGGAGUUGAUCAAUAAGUGGGCUGCUGACACUAAACGGUCGUUGUUACAAGUAGUAGCAUUACAGGCGUCUACUCCUGCGCCUACGAACAGGCAUCGCGCACUCUGCCGUUUCGCACAAUGUAUACUAUCUCCCUCCGAAAGUAUAAUGCGUAGUUAUGAGACAGCUAUAAGCGCAGUCCUGGGUUCGAAUCCCGGUGACGUCAUCACGUGGGCCAAAACGCCGGAUUUAAAGAAAUUAGUGCGUUUAGCAAAUAAGUUGUAUCCAGGGAAAGAAGUUUAUUUCAAAGAAGAGUUGGAAAUGGCUGAUAAAUAUAAUUAAUUUGUUUUUUCCUGGUAAUUUUUUUAUUGUAUAUUCCUACUAUAAUAGUUUUCGUCUCGAAUUUAUAUAAAUUUUUUGUUAAUUUUUAGCAUAUUGUUUUUUUUUCAUUGCAAAAGGCAUA